AUGUCCAAGGCUACGGGGGGCGCGGCGGCGGCGGCGGCAGCAGCAGGGGCUGAAAGUUCCUCCAGUCCAGCCGCGUCUGCCGCGGUCGAGGACCUGUCCAAAGUGUCCGAUGAGGAGCUGCUCCAGUGGAGCAAGGAAGAGCUGAUCCGCAGCCUCCGCCGUGCGGAGGCAGAGAAAGUGAGCGCGAUGCUGGACCACAGCAAUCUCAUCCGAGAGGUGAAUCGUCGCCUCCAGCUGCACCUCGGCGAGAUUCGCGGCCUCAAGGACAUUAACCAGAAGCUUCAAGAAGACAACCAAGAGUUGAGAGAUCUUUGUUGUUUCCUGGAUGAUGAUAGGCAGAAGGGAAAAAAGGUGUCACGUGAGUGGCAGAGACUGGGCAGAUAUACAGCCGGGGUAAUGCACAAGGAAGUGGCCUUAUAUCUGCAGAAACUGAAGGAAUUAGAAGUGAAGCAGGAGGAGGUUGUCAAGGAGAACAUGGAGCUCAAAGAGCUCUGUGUGAUGCUGGACGAAGAGAAAGGUGGCUGUGCCGGCAGCCGGAGCUCCAUUGACAGCCAGAUCAGCCUGUGCCAGCUCACGGCUUCCAGUGCCCCCUACGUGAGGGACGUAGGGGAUGGCAGCAGCACCUCCAGCACAGGGAGCACCGACAGCCCCGACCACCACAAGCAUCAUACAGGCAGCAGCCCCGAACAUCUCCAGAAACCUAGGGCGGAGGGGAGUCCAGAACACUCAAAGCACAGGAGUGGGAGCCCAGAACACCUGGCCAAACCGAGGGUUUCUGGGAGCCCAGAUCACCAGAAACAGCUCAAAGGACCCAGUCCAGAGCAUCACAAAACCAUAGCCAAGGGCAGCCCUGAGCCGCAGAAGCACACGGGUGGUAGCCCGGAGACGCUGCCAAAGCAUGUGAUAAGCAGCAGCCCUGAACAUUUUCAGAAGCACAGACCCGGCGGGAGCCCGGAACACCCAAAGCACGGCAGCGGUAGCCCUGAGCACCUUCAGAAACACAUCUUGAGUGGGAGCAUGGAGCACCUUCCACGGGUGAGGGGGACCAGCCCUGAGCAUCUCAAGCAGCAUUACGGGGGAAGCCCGGAUCAUCACAAGCACAUGGGCGGAGGAGGCAGCAGGGAAGGCACCCUCCGAAGGCAGACGCCGGACGACUUGUCACCUCAUCACAGGAGUGUGUACAGUGGAAUGAAUGAAUCAACCUUGUCCUAUGUUAGGCAGCUGGAGGCAAGAGUAAGACAGCUGGAGGAGGAGAAUCGCAUGCUGCCCCAGGAAACCCAGAAUAGAAGGCAACCUCCAACUAGAAACAGCUCAAAUAUGGAAAAAGGCUGGGGGUCCAGAGCCCGGCGGGUCUGGCUGUGGUGGCAGGGGUGCCGAGGAAUAGGAAGAUGCCUGCCCACUUUCCCGGGUCCUUUUAGGUUGCCAUCAGGGGCUGAUGGGAAUAACAGUUCACCCACCUCUCCAGCUAGCUUCAGCGGACAUACCACACCUUCUCAGCAACCUGAACCAGUGGUACAUACUCUUAAGGUCUUGGAUGUUCAGGAAAAUGUAGAUCGUCAACAGGGUAAAGAGUAUGACCAUGACCUUAGUGAGACAGAAAAAGCUAUAGUCAGAGAAAUGUGCAAUGUUGUGUGGCGGAAACUUGGAGAUGCUGCAGGUUCCUGUCCUGGAAUUAGGCAACAUCUGUCUGGGAACCAAUACAAAGGACCAAUGUGAGAGGACUCCUGAGUACAAGGAGAUUAGCACUGGUGGUGGGAGAAAAAAGAAGACAUGAUUUCCACACACCUGGAUUCGUAGGGGUUAAUGAUAGGGUGGCUGUAUACCACAUCAGUGUCUUCUUUGGAAACUUCAGAACAG